AUGUCGCGCACCAUCCGCAUAGCCGCUGCACAGGUUGGCGCAGUCCAUCGCACUGACAUGCGUGAAAGCACAUUGAACAGACUUGUUCAUCUUCUGAUUCAAGCCGCUGAACAAGGCGCACAAGUUGUAUUGUUCCCAGAAGGUACUUUCGCUACCUUCUUUCCUCGUUAUCUCAUCACCAAUAAAGCGGAACUCGAGUCUUUCUUCGAGCAUGGCGAUGUCACUACCGCAGAAAACACAAAGCGUAUAUUUGAACGAGCCAAGGAGUUGGAGGUGGAUAUCUGCAUCGGAUUCGCAGAGGCCACAGAUGACGGCGAUCACUACAACUCCUGCGUCUAUUAUCACGCCAAGUCCGGAUCUAUUCUGUCAAAGUAUCGAAAGGUGCAUUUACCCGGAGACGUUGACCCUUUCCCCGAACCCGAUGCAGUCAAUCAGCUUGAGAAGAGAUACUUCAAGCCGGGUAAUUUAGGGUUUCACGCCUUCCGAGUACCCGGCCUGGUGCAGACCACACCUGAACAUGGCGAGCCCAUAUUUGGCAUGAUGAUAUGCAAUGAUCGGCGUUGGGCAGAAGCUUGGAGGUGCUUGGGUCUCCAAGGCGUCGAAGUUGUUCUCGUCGGCUUCAACACACCAGGUUUCGCCCCACAGAUGUGGGGUGCAUCCGCCGACGUGAGUCCAGCUGAAGCACGCGCGGAGGCCAUCUUCCAUCACAAACUAGUCAUGCAGGCCCACUCCUACACCAAUGCGUGCUUCUCCGUUAGUGCAGCGAGAUGCGGGUUGGAUGAUGGCAAGUACGAUCUAGUGGGAGGCUCGACUAUCAUUGGGCCUGAUGGAAAGAUUAUGGCUGAGAGCAAGACGGAGGAGGAUGAAAUCAUCGUCGCCGAUUGCGACCUUGAUCGAUGUCUGCCGGGCAAAACGCGGACGUUUGACUUUGCGAGACAUCGGCGAACGGAGCAUUAUGGUAUCUUGACUUCGCAAACGGGAGUUGUCGAACCGCCGCGACUGGCACAAUCGGAAAAAGCGCAUCAUGGAACAAAGGCUGCAGCGAGCGAUGGUAACCAUCAGAUGUUGCCAUCCGUCACAGGCGCCCCAUCCGGAAAGCACGUUCGCAUCCUUCUCUGCAAUCCCAACGCUACUGAAUCAAUGACAAACGCAUGUCUAGAGAUGCUCAAAUCAAUACUCCCACCUGACGUCACCGUUUACGGCUUUACAGCCCCUAAACCAGCGCCAUCAGCCAUCGAAGGAAACUUCGACAACAUCAUGUCCGCAGCUGCUGCCGCCCGAGCCAUCAUGCCUAUCGCACAUGAGUACGAUGCGUUCCUCGUAGCCUGCUACAGCGAUCACGCGCUCAUCAAGGUCCUUAGAGAAGAGCUCUCGCAGCCAGUAGUUGGUAUCAUGGAGGCCUCACUGUUCGCAGCACGAACGCUGGGUGGUCGGUUUGGCAUCAUCGCAACGUCACGACGAUCGCAGUACACGCUGAAGGAUUCUGUGAGACACUACGGUCUGGAGUCGUUCUGCGCUGGCGUAAGAAGCUGUGAUCUUGGGGUUUUGGAAUUGGAAUCGAAGCCUCAAGAGGAAGUGCUUAGUACCAUGUGCGACGUAGGUAAGAAGCUGGUUGCGGAUGGCGCAGACGUGCUAACGCUUGGAUGCGCUGGCAUGACGAACAUGAAAGCUGCUGUUGAAGCGGCGGUUGGAAGUGAUGUGCAGGUGAUUGAUGGUGUGCUGGUGGGUGUGCAGCAUCUGGUUGGUCUUUGUAGACUUGGGAUGCAAACGGCUAAGAGGGGGAUGUAUGCCAGCGCUGCGACGGACAGAGAGCGGAGGGGUCAGGACUGGUGGUGA